AUGGCCUGCAAGAUUUGUCACCAAGCUCUCACUUUCGCUGCGAGAGGUGAGGUUGAGAGGAUCGAACGUCCAGUAACAGAUCUUGAAGAGUCAGCCCGCACCUGCAAGUAUUGUCAUGUCAUCCACUGCAUUCUCGAUGAGGUGGACUUGGAUACCGUUGAGAGCUUUUACAUCAUACCUCUCGCCGAUUAUAUUGCAGUGGUGCCAUGGGCUCCCCGCGGAAGUAUUUGCCUUACCGUGAACUGGAAGGCGGAACAUCCCAAAAACAGGCUGAAAGUGAGGAGUUAUGCCAACUUUGUUAUGCGCAGUCUGGCUGGGGUUGUGAACACAGGCUCUGACGUUGCCAUUGCCUGGGUAACGGACAAGAUCAAAGAGUGCAAAGAAUCACACAAAAAGUGUAAUCUGCACAAGGACGGAACACUUCCUGACCGUGUCAUCAGAAUUGGUCAAGCCGACUCCAUCAUUGCGACAGAGAAUUGGUACGAAUCCGAUGUGAGAUUGUACGAAACAAGCAAUGAGAAGCUACCGUACGUCGCCUUGAGUCACCGUUGGGGCGACGAGCAACCACUGCGCCUACUGAAAGAUAAUCUCAAUUUAUUCCAAAAGAACAUCGACUGGUCCAAAUUGCCGAAAACAUUCCAGGACGCGAUCGUUUCUGCCCGUAAACUCGGUAUUGAAUUUAUCUGGAUCGACUCUCUAUGUAUCAUCCAGGACAGUAAGGAGGACUGGUUCGAGCAAUCGGGCAAGAUGGCGGGGAUUUACGAACACGCAGCUGUUACACUAGCGGCGACUGUUGCCGACGGCGGACGCGCAGGUUGUUUUGUCGAGCCUUCGCCUUCCCUUCGAGGCUGCGUAACUGACGGCAAGACGAAAAUUGUAGUGGAUGGAAAUGAGGAGAAAAUUAGGCAGCUGGUCGCACGUGCCAGCGACGAUUCACCCAUCGUGUAUGUUCGGCAAGACACAGAGCACGACAGCCCGGGGCAUUGGGCAUCUGACAGACUUCCUCUUCUGAAACGUGGAUGGGUGUACCAGGAACGACUGCUCUCGCCACGCAUUGUACACUUUGGCUCCGUUGACUUGAUAUGGGAAUGCAACGAGAGGAUUCACUGUCACUGUGGAUACUAUCAGCCAAGCGGAAGUCGCAAUCCAAUUGGACAUCCCAUCAAACCCCAGCACGCCAUGUGUUUGGUGGCCGAUGGUGAUAUCGGGCACGGCCUGCACGCUCGGUGGGUCCAACUCAUCGAAGAGUACACUGCUUUGGAUCUGACGUUUGCAUCGGACCGAGUUGCUGCCAUUGCGGGCGUCGCAAAGCAAUUCCGACGUGGGUUGAGCAAUAAGGCGUACCUGGCGGGCCUCUGGGAGGAGAGUCUUCUCACUGGUCUGACAUGGCAGCGAGCCUGUGCCAGGCAAGAGAGAGCACGUCCAGCUGAGCCGUCUGAAGGGCCGUCUUGGUCCUGGUUGUCGGUGACUGGACCAGUGACUUAUCCAACAUCGCGGACCGUGACAUGGAGUUUAUGAAGCUUUGGGGAGGGACCAUCACUCUGCAUGGAAAACUUGCUGUGGCCAAGCUGCGUAUCCUCUCUACUUCCAAAGGCCUCCGAUCUACAGUCUUUGCACCCGGUAGGAAAGGAGUGUACGACGUAGAGUUGGACUACGAACCAGACGAAGAUGAAUUGA